AUGAAGAUUUUAAAAGCUAAAGCCGAUACAGGAUGGGUUUCAGGGUGUUUAGACCUUAAAGCCGACAAGAACCAUACACAUACCAUUGCAAAUAUUACAAACUUACAAGAAACCUUAAACAGGAAAAGUGACGUUGGACAUACACAUACCAUUGCAAAUAUUGCAAACUUACAAGAAAAGUUAGAUGACAAAGCUGACAAGAACCAUACACAUACAAGUUUUACAACUGUUGCUAUAGAAAAUAUUGCAGGAACGGUUGAAGAAACUGGUGGGGAUGUAUUAGAUUGGAAACCUCCUAACUUUCCAGAAGGUUUAACAUCGGAUAAAAACAUAACAACGAUGAGAUACAUUAGAUGUAGAGAUGUUUAUGUCAUGGAGGAUGAAAAUAAAGUUAAAUUCACUGCUCAAGAUUUAUAUGACAAGAAAGCAGACAAAACAGAGCUUCAAACAUUAAAGACAGAAAUACUUCAAACAUUAUAUCCUAUAGGCUCUAUUUAUACGUCAAUGAACUCUACCAGACCAGAAGUAGUACUUGGUUUUGGAACUUGGACUCAAAUACUCGAAAGGUUUUUGUAUUGUGCAAACUCUUCAAAGGAAACAGGUGGAAGCAAAAGGAUAUCUGUCGACAACCUUCCACCGCACACUCAUACAGGAACUACAAACUUUUCUGGUGACCAUAGCCACUCAUUAAGAGACCACCCAUUAUACAACUCAGAGUAUGAAGCUGGCUAUGACGUUUUAUCUCCAGAUUAUAACCAUUCAGCAAAAAAGACUUUUCGACAAACUGAACCAGGAGGAAACCACCAACAUACUUUUACAACAACAUCUACAGGACGAGGUAAAAAAUACAUGCCACGUUACAUGACAGUUUGUGCAUGGUAUAGAAUUGCUUAG